GCGAAAGGCGCGGUGCAGCCAUGGCGGAUUCCUCAGAACCUUCCAAUGCCACCUCCAGCCCGGCUGGCAGAUACCGGCGCAAUGGGGAUGCCCUGACGUCCAGUCCCGGCCGCAGCUCCCGCCGUGGCGGCGCCGACGCCCUGACCUCCAGCCCCGGCCGGGACUUGCCCCCCUUUGAGGAUGAGUCGGAGGGGCUGCUGGGGACCGAAGGGCUCCCGGACGAGGAGGAGGAGGAGGAUGGCGAGGAGCUGAUUGGCGAUGGGAUGGAGAGGGAUUACCGUGCUAUUCCCGAGCUGGAUACCUACGAGGUGGAGGGCCUGGCUCUGGAUGACGAGGACGUGGAGGAGCUGACGGCCAGUCAGAGGGAGGCAGCCGAACGGGUCAUGCGACAGCGGGACCGAGAGGCAGAUCGGGGCCUGGGCCGCAUGCGCCGAGGACUCCUCUAUGACAGUGACGAGGAGGAAGAGGGACGGCCGUCCCGGAAGCGGCGCUUGGUGGAGAGGGCCACGGAAGAGGGUGAAGAAGAGGAGAUGAUUGAGAGUAUUGAAAACUUAGAAGACCUGAAAGGACACUCUGUGAGGGAGUGGGUGAGCAUGGCAGGCCCGCGACUGGAAAUCCACCACCGAUUCAAGAACUUCCUGCGUACCCACGUGGAUGGUCAUGGCCACAACGUCUUCAAGGAACGCAUCAGUGACAUGUGCAAAGAGAACCGCGAGAGUCUGGUGGUGAAUUAUGAGGACCUGGCAGCCCGGGAGCACGUCUUGGCCUACUUUCUGCCUGAGGCACCAGCUGAACUGCUGCGCAUCUUUGACGAGGCUGCCCGCGAAGUGGUGCUGGCCAUGUACCCUAAAUACGACCGCAUUGCCAGUCACAUCCAUGUCCGCAUCUCCCAUUUACCCCUGGUGGAGGAGCUACGCUCUCUCAGACAGCUGCACCUGAAUCAGCUGAUCCGGACCAGCGGGGUGGUAACGAGCUGCACAGGAGUCCUGCCCCAGCUCAGCAUGGUCAAGUACAACUGCAACAAGUGCAACUUUAUCCUGGGACCCUUCUGCCAGUCUCAGAAUCAGGAAGUGAAGCCUGGCUCCUGCCCUGAGUGUCAGUCGACAGGCCCCUUCGAAGUGAACAUGGAAGAGACCAUCUACCAGAAUUACCAGCGCAUCCGAAUCCAAGAGAGUCCAGGAAAGGUGGCCGCGGGCAGGCUUCCUCGUUCUAAGGAUGCCAUCCUCCUCGCCGACCUGGUGGACAGCUGCAAACCGGGAGAUGAGAUUGAACUGACAGGAAUUUACCACAACAACUAUGAUGGCUCCCUCAACACCGCCAAUGGCUUCCCCGUCUUUGCCACCGUCAUCCUGGCCAAUCACGUGGCCAAGAAGGAUGACAAGGUAGCUGUCGGGGAGCUGACCGACGAGGAUGUGAAGACCAUCAUUAGCCUGUCCAAAGAUGAGCAGAUUGGGGAGAAGGUCUUUGCCAGCAUUGCCCCCUCUAUCUAUGGGCAUGAAGACAUCAAGAGAGGCCUUGCCCUCGCGUUGUUUGGAGGGGAACCCAAAAACCCAGGUGGCAAGCACAAAGUGCGUGGGGACAUCAACGUGCUUCUGUGUGGGGACCCUGGCACAGCCAAGUCCCAGUUCCUCAAGUACGUGGAGAAGGUGUCCAGCCGCGCCAUCUUCACCACUGGCCAGGGGGCCUCCGCCGUGGGUCUCACCGCCUAUGUCCAGCGGCACCCGGUCAGCAGAGAAUGGACCCUGGAGGCGGGGGCCCUGGUGCUCGCCGACCGAGGGGUGUGCCUGAUUGACGAGUUCGACAAGAUGAACGACCAGGACAGGACCAGCAUCCACGAGGCCAUGGAGCAGCAGAGCAUCUCCAUUUCCAAGGCUGGCAUCGUCACCUCCCUCCAGGCGCGCUGCACCGUCAUCGCCGCUGCUAACCCCAUAGGUGGACGCUACGACCCCUCACUGACCUUCUCGGAAAAUGUAGACCUCACAGAGCCCAUCAUCUCCCGCUUCGAUGUCCUGUGCGUGGUGAGAGACACCGUGGACCCUGUUCAGGACGAGAUGCUGGCCCGCUUUGUCGUCGGCAGCCACAUCAAGCACCACCCCAGCAACAAAGAGGAGGAGGAGGUCAACGGGAGGGACCCAGAGCCGGCCCUGCCCAACACGUAUGGGGUGGAGCCCCUGCCGCAGGAGGUGCUGAAAAAAUACAUCAUCUACGCCAAGGAAAAAGUCCACCCCAAGCUCAACCAGAUGGAUCAGGACAAGGUGGCCAAGAUGUACAGCGACCUGCGAAAGGAGUCUAUGGCCACCGGCAGCAUCCCUAUCACAGUGCGACACAUUGAGUCGAUGAUCCGCAUGGCAGAGGCCCACGCCCGCAUCCACCUCCGGGACUAUGUGGUGGAGGAUGAUGUGAACAUGGCCAUCCGGGUGAUGCUGGAGAGCUUCAUAGACACCCAAAAGUUCAGCGUCAUGCGGAGCAUGCGUAAGACCUUCGCCCGCUACCUAGCUUUCCGGCGGGACAACAAUGAGCUGCUGCUCUUCAUCCUGAAGCAGUUGGUGGCAGAACAGGUGAUGUACCAGCGCAACCGCUACGGAGCUCAGCAAGACACCAUUGAGGUGCCCGAGAAGGAUCUGGUGGACAAGGCCCGUCAGAUCAACAUCCACAACCUCUCGGCCUUCUAUGGCAGCGAGCUCUUCCGGAUGAACAAAUUCAGCCAUGACCUGAAGCGCAAGUUGAUCGUCCAGCAGUUCUGAGACCCCUACCGACCCCCAGUCCCCGCAGCCAGCCUCGUUCUGUGGGGGUCUUGGUUUGCCAAUAGACUGUAAAUACAGCUGUCCCUGGAGGGACAGGGCUCAACCCCUGGCCCCCACGGCCUGGUCACUAGUGAUUUGACUGUGGCUAGGGGAAGGCCGUUGCUGUUGGGAAGUCAAGUUGUGAGUUCAUGUGUUCUUCCUUUUCUACUUUCUUUGAUGCCCGCACUCUGGGUCCACCUUCUCACUGCCUGGGACCAGUCCUUUCUAAGCGGCCUACACUCUGAAGGGGUUCCAUCAGUGGGGUUUAGAGUAGAACAGCCAUCGUGAGUAAGAGAGAGGGAAGAGGCAGGUGGGGGAUACUGACCCAAAGGCGGUUGGCCACAGCCCACCUCAGACAGUGAUGAGAACUGCUGCUCCCUCUGUUAACCAGCCCUUCAGCCACCUUCCCUGGACUUCCUAGCCUUUAGCAGUUCUGGGCUCAAGGUGGCUUUUUGCCACUCCUGGCCUAGCAAGCAGGUGCCACUGCAAUCUCUUCUCAGAGCAGUGGCUGAGAGUCUGUCCUUUGUCUGCCACGCACUGUGGGUUUGUUUAAGGACAGAAAACUGAUGGGUUGAAGGACCGGGCUUUGUGCUAAACAAGCCCACCUGAUUGGCUGGCUGGCUUCCCCAAGCUUAAAAUGCAGUAUCUUUGUUGCCUGUACGCUCUAACCAUCCGCUCGAGGAGCAAGGGGAGAGGCGCCAGUAGCAGUAGCAUCAUGCGGGGCGUGAUUUGCUGCAGCAACUCAGCAAUGAAGCUGAUUAUGCAGCCUGCCUCACUGCUUCCUUUUUCCUCCCUAUAUCCUACAUCUGUCCCUGAGGUUCUUCUCUUGCCUCUUUCCCUGCUUGUAUAUUGGAUCACCACCUGUGAUAGAGUGCUUGUG